AUCGUCCGUCGCUUGCCUGCAUGAGAGUUGUGCGCCGCUCGGAAGAAUAGAGAGACGACUGCUCCACCACACCCUUCGUUCGCCGAUUGACAGUGCGCCAAACAUUGGUCGGGUUUGCGACGCCGCCAUCGACCUCUCUAGACACUCGACACAUUCAGACCCAUGUUUCGCCAAAGGACAAGCUCACAGAAGCCCGGGGAUGACCUGCUGGCCAACUUCAGGCAACAGUUUCCUGAGGUGGCCGCGGUAGGAUCAUCUACCGCGGCGGCCGCACCCGCAAGAACGGCAACCAAGGGCCAUCCCGACGUCCCUGGGGAAAGAUCGCAUAGCUUAACCCAUGAGGCAUUUCAACGAGAUCAAGACCCGACGCCGCGGGCAUCGAACGACCCCUGGAGGUUUACCCCCUCGCUGCUCGACCCGGGCAAUUUCUCCUUCACCAACUUUGCAAGUCAUGCGCCGGGCUAUUAUCCCCCUACCCCAGGCGGGACAACCACCAUCUACCACCCGCAGGCCGGUGAUCUUCACACACCCACGCUCGGUUUAAGCAUGGGCCUUGGGACCCCGUUGUCUCUGCCAAACUCUGCAGGCGCCGUACACUCGGGCGCCGGGACUAUGGACAUGCCUGGCUUCCACCAUGGGUUCCAGCAACAACAGUUCCAGCAGCAGUUCAACCCCUUCAUUCAGCCGCCGCCGCCCCAGCCCUCGUUUGCCCCGUCGUCGUUUAUGCACCACCAAGACACAGGCUACGAAACGAUGGAUCAGGGAUCGCCAAUGGAGUCGGACCAUACCGACGAACGGAUCGGUUCCAUAGACAGCAACUUCCAAGGCCAGACCAACAUGGUGGCUUUCCAGACAACACAGUUCGGAAUGCCCAUGUCUGUGCCCCUCCCGGCAUCGGCGGAGAAGUUCCGCUUCCAUGCUGUCCUUAACGCGCCGACCGCCAUGAUCCGGCACGCCGAUGAGAUCCCGGUGACGUACCUGAACAAGGGGCAGGCCUACUCGCUAUCCAUCGUCGACACUACACCCACCCUGCCCAUCGUCCCGGGGACGCGCUUCCGCACAUUUGUGCGCGUCUCGUUCGAGGACGAACAGCAGCGACAGAAGCCAGGGGUGUGCUGGAGCCUGUGGAAGGAAGGUCGCGGCACCAACGAGGCACAUCAAAGGGGAGGGAAGCUGCAGGCCGUCGAAUAUGUCGAGGCAGGGCAGCCAGCCGAAGGCGACGACAAAAAGACGCGGAUGGAGCUCGAGAGCUCGUCUUUUGACGGCUUCUCCGUCAUCUGGACCCCGGGCGUCAAUGGCGCUGUCGAGUGCAACAUUGCCGUCCGCUUCAACUUUCUCUCCACCGACUUCAGCCACUCCAAGGGCGUCAAGGGCAUCCCCGUCAGACUCUGCGCCAAAACGCAUCAGCUCCCGGCUAGUUCCUCGCCGCCAGGGGACUCAAACACCGCCCCCGAGGUCUGUUACUGCAAGGUCAAGCUCUUCCGCGACCACGGCGCCGAGCGCAAGCUCUCCAACGACGUGGCGCACGUCCGCAAGACCAUUGACAAGCUGAAGCAGCAGAUCGCCCAGGCCGAGAGCGGACUCAAGGACUUCGGCAAGCGCAAGCGCGCCGGCGGGUCGCAGAUCAAGAGCACCAACGGCCAAAUACGACCGGGCAAGAUCCAAAAGCACAAGCGCACCUGGUCCAUGUCCUCGGCCAGCUCGGCGGGCGGCAGCCCGCGCGUGCCGCUCGAGGAGGACCUGCACUUCAAGCUCCAGACCCUCCAGGACAUGUUCACCUCGACCCGCCCCGUCAGCGUCCUAUACCUCCGCGGCGACGAGCUAGACGACCCGGACCUGCACCCCGUCUCCCUGCCGGGCACCGGCGACGCCGCCGCCGGAGCCUCCCCGCUCCUCGACCUGUCCAAGAUCCCCUCCCGCGAGAGCACCGCCUGGCGCAGCGAGCACAGCUCUGUCACCGGCGGCAACGGCGGCUCGUCCCUGGUCUCUCCGUCCCCGUCUUCCCUGUCUCUCCAUUCCCAGUCUUCUAUUGGUGGGAAGCCGCAGUGGCAGGAUUAUCAAAUCACAGACUCGCGGGAUAAUGGGCAUCAUCCCAACCAGCAGCAACAGCAGCAACCAACCCGCGUCCCGCAGGUGGACGAGGCGGGAAACCUGACGGGCUGGAUCGAGGCCCUCGGCGUCGACCCCACCUACCAACCCCCGCCACCGCCGCCAACCAAGCCGGUUGCGUGCUUUUACGUUGUGCGCCGCAGUAACAAUGAGAAUAAUAACGGGAGCAAGGAGCUGCACCGCGCCGUCUACUUGUUGCAGCGCAGCGUGCGCGACCUAGUCACCCGACUGGCUGCCAAGUUUGGCGGGUUUAACCCUUCGCGGGUGGUCAGGACGGUGAGGGUGGUGAACGAGCACCUGGAGGUGGAGGUCGAUGAUGAGGUUGUGAGGGAGCUGCCGGAGGGGUUGGGCAUGAGUUUGGAGGUUGUCGAGGUCGUCAGUGGUGAUGGUAAUGGUAGGAGUCCGGUGGGUGGGGAGGGUGCGGACCUUGUCAAGAGGGAGGCGUGGGAGAUGCAUGUUGAUGCUCCUGGCGAGGUGGAUGGGAAGUUGGAGCCUACUGGUCUGUUGAGUGGUUCGGUGGGGCCUGUGUUGGAGUUGAGAUUGAGGUAUUAAAGGAGGAGGGGGUUUUGGCGGGUGGAUGGUGGGAUAUUAUACGUGGCUUUUGAUGACCGGAUGGCAAAGGGUUUAGAACGCGUUUCUGGGGGUGGUGGGUGAUGUGAAAACAUGCGUUGGGUUGUGGUCGGUUCUUUUUGAUCUCCAUGUUGAUCGUCUUCUCUGAGAUACCAAGACCCCUGACGGGCUGUCGUUGUCUUACGUUCUUUGGUGUGUAUUCCACGUUAGAUAAUGGGCGGCUUGGUGGUUUAAUGGGGCAGCGCAUUUCUAUUUUUUCUUUGCACGCUUGGCUAGGGUACUCACGUUCUAUGUUCGGUCAUUACCUUGCAGUUACUUGCGUUGUCAUACUCCAACGGCUGUUAUACGUUGACGACGCU